AUGCCCCGACUUUCCCUGCACCCGCGGCGGGGGUUCCUUACAGCGCGGUGUCGGUUCCGGCGGCUUCGGCCACGUCGCUGCCAUCUCCCCGGCGGCCGUCGCACGUGGGAGGCGGAGCGGGCAUGGCAAAGCGUGGUGCUGGGUGGAGAACUCGGCUGCGAGAGCCAUCGGCAGAGAUGUCAGCGGCCAGGGGAGGAGGGCGGGAUGUUCAGCUGGUCUCCGCGGUCUGAGGAGGAGGACACGCUUUGCCCGUGCCUGGCGCCGGCCUCGAUUCUACCAAAUGCCAAAUGGAUGGCGGGAGUGGUGCCUCCCGGCAUGGAGUUUGUGUUUGCUGUGCGGGAGGUUCUCUGCGGCUCAAGGCAAGAGCUCUCAUUUAGCAUCGUGGACUUGGAAGGUUCCCCGCUCAGCCACGUCAUCGUGAACGAGUCCGGCUCUGGGCCCCAGUGCGGCUUGUUCCUGCAGAUGCUGGACAGGGAGCCCUUGGCCUCCGUGCGCACGGACGUGCUGUACGCCUGGCCCAGCGGCCUACCGCAGAUCUGCCUGCCCUCCGGGGAGGUCUACUGCACGGUGGAAAAGGGCUGGGGUCGGCAGUACUUGCUCCGCGACGUGAACAAUCAGAAGUUGCUCAAGCUGGAAGGCAACUUCAAGGAGAGUAUGGUGAAGAUCAUCAGCAUGUCCGGGCAGCUGGUGGCGCUCAGCGAACGCUGCACGGUGAACUUCGAUGGGGGGACCUACUACCAGGUGCGCGUGGCUCCGCACACGGAUGCUGGCCUGAUCCUGUGCAGCUUGCUGGCCAUUGACAAGAUCGAGGGCAAAGCCUGA